AUGCCGCACGCUGCGUACUCCGGGAAACAUCCUCGUGGCGAACCUGGCGUUAAGCGAUUUUCUGAUGCUCGCGAAAACUCCAAUAUUUAUUUUUAAUUCAUUCAAUCUCGGACCUGCACUUGGAAGAACUGGAUGCCUGAUUUACGGCUUCGUGGGGGGUUUGACUGGCACCACAUCCAUCGCCACGCUGUCAGCCAUCGCGCUGGAUCGCUACUGGGCAGUGGUUCGGCCUUUGGAACCGCUACGUGCACUGACUGCAAUACGGGCUCGUUUACUAGCGAUAGGCGCGUGGUUAUAUGCAUGCGUAUUUGCAAUAAUCCCAGCUCUAGAUAUCGGUUAUGGUAGCUACGUUCCAGAAGGUUACUUGACUAGUUGUAGUUUCGACUAUCUUACUGAAGACUUUUCACCUCGAUGUUUCAUUUUCGUUUUCUUCUGCGCAGCGUGGCUUGCGCCAUUUUGUACGAUCACGUUUUGCUACAUCAGUAUAUUUAGAGUUGUUGUUUUCAAUACAAGUAUGUCUUACGGCAACCAAGACCAACGGUUAUCAACAAGACACGUCAAAGAGCGCACCAAACGAAAAGCUGAAAUAAAAUUAGCCUUUCUAGUUAUGGCAGUCAUUGCUCUUUUUUUUAUAUCAUGGACUCCGUAUGCCAUUGUAGCUCUAUUAGGUAUCACCGGUCGAAAAGACCUGUUGACUCCAAUAUCUUCAAUGAUUCCCGCAUUAUUCUGUAAAACAGCCGCAUGCAUCAAUCCAUUCAUUUAUAUUAUAACUCACCCAAAAUUUCGUAAAGAAUUCAAGAAAUUACUAUUCAGGGAUAAAUCAAAGCGUAUGGGUGGAACGAUGAAAACGAUAGGAUAUUCCACUGACACAACCAGAGUUCACCGACCAAGUAAGGAUUUGAGCGACACAGAUGUUGAAAUAGUUGAAAUGAAGGAUAUACCAUAUCAGGUCAAUGAAAAACGUGAAAUAAAGGUAAAGACAAUAUCUUCAAAAGUAGCAGAGAGACAGGACUCCCAAACCAGUAUGAGUAUAAAAAGCUUAGAAGAUAGUGUCGUCAGUCCACCUUCCUGUGAAAUGAUUCCUAACCUAUCAUCUCACUUCGUAAAAUCUAUAUUUAAGAGAAAUUACUUAUUUGUGAGACAAUAUGCCUCUACAAAAUCAUACAAACUUCUUUUUUUCGGCUCAGAUGGCAUUGCACUUAGUAGUCUGCGAAAAAUAAACGAAUUCAGGAAAAAGGAAAAUCACCUUAUUGACCGAUUGGACUUGGUCACUACAAAUACUAAACACAAAACAGAGAUACUGAAAUAUGCUGAAGAAGAAAAUAUAAAUACUGUGACGUGGCCGUUAGACAACUUAAAACAUGCUGAUUAUGACUUGGGAUUAAUAGUUGCAUUUGGUCACCUGAUUAAAGAAGAUCUCCUCAAUAAGUUUCCGCUUGGUAUGGUUAAUGUUCACCCAAGUCUAUUACCUCGAUGGAGAGGAGCUGCUCCCAUCAUCCACACACUCCUGCAUGGAGACCAGGUCACAGGGGUCACACUUAUGAAGAUUAAAGCAGAUAUCUUUGAUGUGGGUGAAAUAAUUAGUCAAAUAAAGGUCCCAGUGUCCAAGGAUAUAAGAUUACCUGAGCUCACUGAGCAACUAUCAGAAUAUGGAGCGGAUAUGCUGGUAGAAUGUAUUAAAACUUUACCUAAAAGUUUAGAAAAUGCACAGCCACAGAGUUCAGAAGGAGUCACAUAUGCUAAGAAAAUACACAAAAGUAUAAGUGAAGUGCGAUGGUCCUCGAUGUCGGCAGUUGAAGUGUACAAUCUGUACCGGGCUAUAUAUGGAGUUUACCCACUUACCACAACAUACAAAGAUAAAAGAAUGAAACUAUUUGAAGCAUUUCUCGAUGACAAUAGCAUAGACCAUAGCGAUAAGCCAAUCGGAACGCUAGAAUAUUGUGAUAAAACGAAUGCAAUCAGAAUACUAUGCAAUGACCGAAGAUAUAUUUAUUUUAGAUCUCUUAGGAUAGUAGGCAAAAGGCAAAUAUCCGCCCUAGACUUUUAUAAUGGUUAUAUUAAAAAUGUUCCCAUAGAUAAAAGACAGUGUACAGUUUUCAGAAAUCAAUAAAUAUACUUGAAAUA